AUGUUUAAAAUGGAUGCGAAAGGCCGUAUGACCGAUGCAGACGAAAUCGGCUGGCAGACCAGUGAGUUGUACUUCACGAAGGCAGAUCAUCUACUGUCACGGGAAAGUGGUGCACCCCGAUUAGAGUCGGUGCAGGCCAGAUUCUUAAUAGUUCUGUAUCUGCUCAGCUCAUCACGGGCCCAUCGGGCGUGGUUCACAUUAGGAACUACCAUUCAACUGAUCAUGGCACUCGGCCUUCACAGCAGACGGCGGAAUAGGGAUACGGCCGAAGUGAGUCUAAUCGAGCAGGAAUGCCAACGCCGUGUUGUCUGGUGCUCGUAUACGUUGGAUAAAUAUCUGAGCUUGAUGUUGGGUACACCCCGUCUAUGGCAUGAUGAGGAUCUAGACGAGCGAUUACCAUCGCGUGUGAACGACGAAGAUAUCUCCUCGGAUCGUAUCUCGCCGCCAACCCGAGACUGUGUAAUGGACGCAGCUAUAUUCCAUGCCCUACUCGCCCGCGUACUAUCUCAAGCCGCCAAGGAGCCGUACGUGGUGGCCGGUAUCACUGAUCAAGAGGAAAUUAAUACCAUCCGAGUUUUGUGCGAGCGAGUCGCGGAAUGGCAGGCAGAAUUGCCGCCAUUCUUAUCCGGCGUCAUCCAUUCCAGCAGCCUCAUUCCCUUGUUCAAGCGACAACUGACAGUGCUGCAAUUGGCGCGAUACCAUGCCCUGAUGUUCAUCACUCGGCCGCUGUUGCUGCGGAACUAUGGCCAGAUCUGGACGGAUCGCGAGGCCAGCUACGUUCAAUACCUCCAUGUGUGUCUAACGGCGGCCAAAGACACAGUUGAGCUUAUCACCACCUUUGCCCGAGACAACCAGCUUUUCCCAGCCUUUUGGUACUCGCAGUAUAUAGCCUUUAACGCCUUGUCCAUUAUAUACAUCUACUUGAUCCAAGUUCAGUGUAACCGAAUUCUACCGUUGAGCCAAACCUAUGUCGCGACUGAGGGUGGUCUGAAUAAUGGCCUUGGCUUUGAUGAAUCGACUCUCUACAUCCUGGCGGAGACCGCGCAGUAUCAUCUGACGCACGCGACGGCUAGGAAUGCGCCGUCUUGGAAGUACGGGACUAUUCUACAGAGUCUACGGCGAGAGCUUGAGCGGUUAGGAGCACCGUGCGACCCAGUCCCAUUGAAUGUGCCUCCGGGGCAUCAAGGCGGGCCCAGGAUAAGGGGCAGGAACCUGGAUAAUUCAAACUUGGCAGUCGCUAUUCCUCCUUCUCACCCUGAGCCUCGCUACCAUGAACCCUUUCCGGUUGAUACGCAGGCUCUCCCAUUAUUCGAUACUUUCACUCUGGACAAUGACCUGAUUCUUGAUUUGUGGUCACAGUUGGAUAGUCUACCAAUCAGUGCGUAUUCUUUCUAG